GAGCCGUGCCGAGGCACCGCGUCCCUCAGCCCUGCGCCUGCUUGUCUUGUAAUCCACAGACAAGAAAAAAGCAGGCAAAUUCCAGCCUUUCAAGAAGCUCUUCGGUAAGAGGAAGAAAAGAGAGCCCGCGUCAGACUGCGAGGAAGCCAAACUGAAGCCCAGCCGCUCCUUCGGCAACGUCUGCAACCGAUGAAGAGCCAAACGGUGGUCUGAGGUCCUCCCAUUAUUCUAUGGGCAGUCGAGCUUUUUCCCAUGACAGUAUUUUUAUACCUGAUGGGAGAACAGAGAGUGAACAGGCCAUCCAAGCAAUGUCACAGGAGAACGUUUUAGGAAAAGUCAAAACUCUUCAGCAACAGUUGGCCAAGAAUAUAAAAUUUGGGCAGCCUCCACAAAUGACAGUUUCUGUGAGGACAAUGGGUGAGGCAAACGCUAGUAUAGAAGAGGAUGUGUUGCUCAGUAGCCCCAUGGAGAUUGAGACUCAGCAGGACACAGUGAUCUCAGACAGUGGUAAUAAAUCCACUGACACCCCAGAUUUGUUGAGAACAAUGAAUUUGCCUGGAACAGGACACAAAGUGGAAGAAAAGGUCACUCCAGUCAAAUCAUCUCGGCCAAAAAGACAAUUUUCCUGUUCUGGCACAAUUGAAACAAUCAAUCUGGAUGCAGUUCCCCAGGCUGUUGCUCGUCUAGACAACAGUGCAGCUAAACACAAGCUGUCAGUGAAGCCAAAAAAGCAGAGGAUGUCAAGAAAGCACAAGAGAUUAACAAAGGGAUCACAAAGUUUAACAAUAACAGAAUUUGAACCAGAGGACCUAGAAACUCAGCUGUAUGGAGACAGAUACCCAGGUUAUAAUGGACACAUCAUAGCAGACAAGCUAAUCCAGAACAGAGAUGAGCAGAAACAGCUUCAGCUGGCAGAGGAGAAAAGAAUUGAAGAUCGCUGGGGGAUCUCUGAGGCCGAAAGGAUAAGGCAGAUUGUAGAAAUGGAAGAACAAAGAGAAAUGGAAGAACAAAGGUGCCAAGAACUUGAGCAGAUGCAAAAAGAGCAGGAGAGAAGGCGUGAAGAAGAGAGGAGGCAGAAUCUCCCUGAAGGAGAGACAUCUUUGAAAAUAGAAGAGCAAACAUGCCGUAAAGAGGAGAAAAGACUGCUGGAGGCUGAAAAGAGACAAGAGCUGGAGAAGCAGAGGCAGAAGGAGUUGGAGGAGCAACAGAGACGAGAGCUGGAGGAGCAGAAGCGCCGGGAACGGGAGGAGCAACAGAGACGAGAGCUGGAGGAGCAGAAGAGCCGGGAACGGGAGGAGCAACAGAGACGAGAGCUGGAGGAGCAGAAGCGCCGGGAACGGGAGGACCAACAGAGACGAGAGCUGGAGGAGCAGAAGAGCCGGGAACGGGAGGAGCAGAGAUGUCAGGAGUCAGAGGAGCAGAACAGGCAAGAGCUAGAGGAGCAGAAGCGUCAGGAAUGGGAAGAGCAGAGGCGCAAGGAGCUGGAGGAGAAACAGAGGCGAGAGCUGGAGGAGCAGAAGAGGCUAGGGCUGGAAGAAUUAAGGCAACACGAGACUGAAAAACAGUGUCAAGAGGAAGAAGAAAGAAGUUGGCUGGAGGAACAAAAAGAACUCAAUGAACAAAAUAUGGAAGAAAAACAGAGACAAGAGCUAGAAGAGAAAGAGCUUCAAGAAGCUGAAAUAAAACUGAAGCAGGAGAAAGAAGCUGAGAGCCUCAAACAACAGAAGAAACAGGAGGAACAAAGGCAGCAUUUGAAGGAGAAAGGAGAAAAGACAGAGGAGGAACAACCCCAGCAAGUAAUGGAUAAGAAAAAGAAACGUGAGGAGCAGAGAAAACACAAGCUCACAAAACAAAUGCACAUGGAAAGUGCAGAGGGUCUGCAACAAGAUGAAUUGAAGCAGCAAAAGGAACAAAAUGAACAAGAAUGGAACAAGCUGGAAGAGCAGAAGGUAGACACAGAAGGACAAAAUCUUCAGCAAAACCAACAAGAAAAAUCCUUGGAACAGCAACAGGACAAGGAUGAGUUGUGUUCUGGAGGGGCUGACAGGCAUCCAAUAGAAGAGAAGCUCCAAGAAGGAUCAAGAUCCCAAAAACUCAAACAGCCAGAAAAAGGGAAUAAAACAUCAGAAGAAGUCCUAGCCCAGAAACUGAAGAGAGAAGUUGAGGCUCAGGAACAAAAGCGAAUAGGGGAAGAACUUAGGUGGCAAGAGGUAGAUGAAAGACAAACUGCAUCCAGACCCUUCACAUUUCAAGUGUCUUCUGGAGAUAAACAGAUCAUAUUUCAGAAAGUAAAUCUGAGUCCGGUCAUGCCCGUCAAAGGAGCAGGACUCUCUUCUCCAUCCGUCAAAGACUGCAGGAUGCACGCUUCCAGCAGGGGCUCUCAUACACUCCCGUCAUCUGUGUGUGUACCCCACACGGCUAUUUUGGUUACUGGAGCACAGCUGUGUGGCACAGCAGUUAACCUGAACCAGAUAAAGGACACAGCUUGUAAGUCGUUACUUGGCUUAACAGAAGAGAGAAAAAAUGUGGAAAUUCCUUCACCAGAGAAGGCCCAGAAAAAACCCCAGGAUCCCAAACCCAGCAGCAGUAAAAUGAAAUAUGCACAAGAGACAUUGAACAACCAGGCCGUACUAGCUGAGUGGGCUUCUAUCCGCUCCAGGAUCCUAAAGAACGCAGAAAACAGCAAAUACAACGAGAGAGACCGAGUAAGUGUCUGCAGACACAGUGAUGACUGGACACCCCGAGGACGGGGUGCUCCCCAUGGUAACCUGAGGAAAACCCUCUCUGCAAAUGCAAAGUUCUCGAUAACACCAGCAUGGCAGAAAUUUUCAGAAGCUUCAAAAAACAGUUCAGAUGCUGAGAAUGUAAGUGCGGCAAAAGGCAAUGAAACAGUGGCUGUGGGAAGAAUCACUGGCUCAUCCGCCGAUUUGAAGGAGGAUGUGGCUUCUGCUUUUAAAGGUAACUUAGCUGAAAAGGCUAAGGAGAAAAUGGAAACCCACAGUGAAAUGACAGACAAUACAGAAGGCUGUAAAUUUGCAAAAGAUCUUCCAUCUUUCCUUGUUCCAAGUUUUCCUCAUUCUCCGGGUAAAGAAUUACCCCAGGCAGAACUUCCCGGUGCUCUGGAAAAUCAGCAGAAUAACAGCACAAAAAAAGCAGAUAAACCAGCACCAAACGGAGAAGAAAAUGUUUCUCCUUUUGGGAUAAAGUUACGAAGGACAAACUACUCCUUACGUUUCCAUUAUGAUCAACAGGCAGAGCAAAGGAAAAAGAAAAGAUACAGUGCAGGAGAUAGUUUUGAUGGCGUGCCUGACCCACUAGUUACAACAGAAGAUGAGAAAGAAUCCUCUGUUUUUGCUCCACAAGAGAGUACAUCCCCUGGCAUGAGGAGGGUGAACGUCCCUGGUAUUUUAAAAGACUCAAAAGGCUCUUCAGUUACUGUGGCGGAGGUUGCACAACCAGCAGGCACACCAGUGGUCCCACCAGCCACCGGACAGAGUGCUUUACCCUCUCAUGAGAAACCAGCAUGCAAGUCACUGGUCCCACAGAAACCUGCUUUAGCUCCAAAGCCCACCAGCCAGACACCACCAUCGUCUCCUCUCUCUAAAAUGAACCGAUCAAACCUAGCUGAUACGCUAGGGCAAAGGUUGGUUAAAGCUGAAUCGGAAGGUGGCUGGAGAAAAGAAGACAGAGCAAAUGCAGUGCACCCCACACCAUCCAAUGAGUACAAAAAUGAAGAGGAAGAAAUCAGAGAAAAGAAGUCGUUUUUCCCAUCUAUAAGUAUUCCAUGGAGAGAAAAAAAUGACAAAAAGCCUGAGCCGUUGAAGAAAGAAAAACCAGUCCUCCAGAGCAGGCACUCUUUAGAUGGCUCUAAAUUGAUGGAAAAAGUCGAAACUUCACAACCACUUUGGAUUACAUUAGCGCUGCAAAAGCAAAAGGGAUUUCGUGAGCAGCAAGCUACGAGGGAAGAGAGGAGGCAAGCCAGAGAGGCGAAGCAAGCAGAGAAGCUGGCUAAAGAAAAUGCUGCUGUAAGUAAUCAGUCAGAUAAUAAAAGCAGCAGCAGCAAAACAAGCACGCUGCAGAAAACUACACCUCAAGAAGGGGAGAAGAAAAUUGAGACUGCUGUGUCAAGACUAGAAAGAAGGGAGCAGCUAAAAAAGUCGAACACCCUUCCAACUUCUGUGACAGUGGAAAUUUCAGAUUCUGUUCCGUCAACCCCACUGGCAAAGGAGGUGACCAAGAGAUUCUCUACACCUGAUGCUAACCCAGUGUCAACAGAACCAGCCUGGCUUGCGUUAGCCAAGAGGAAAGCAAAAGCCUGGAGUGACUGUCCACAGAUCAUAAAGUAAACUAAAAUUACAUCUCUAUUGCUGACUAUUAAUUGCUUUCUUUUUAUUUAUUCAGCUUUUUACACAUGACAAAACUGAAAAUGCAUGUACUGAAGGACUGAAAAUUGAACUGAUUACCAUUUUGCUCUAGCUCACUGUAAAGUCUACUCAAGUCAUAUAUUCUGUUGCUUUGACAAAUAGCUAAAUGAGGUCACGGCAAAAAUUUCAGAGCCAGACUCUCUCAAAAAUUUAAGAAUGCUCAGAUACUGGAUGUAAAUUUUAGCGAGUAUCAUAAAAAGGGCCAGAACUUCAGUUAGAAGCUCCUUAAAUUCUGUGAGUAUUUGAUUCUGGAAUUUUAGAUCUCUACACUUAAGUGGCAAUCUCAGAAAUUUUUUUCAACACUCCCAUUGUUGAAAAUUAAGGCAAGAUGCAUGUUCCCAUCUCUUAUUCCCAAAUUUUUUUUAAGUGUUAAACUGUAUGAACUGUUAGUUCUACCUGCUAUUUGAAAGCUUCUUUCCUAA